AUGGUUUAAAUUAAUGGAUGCAUAAAUAUUGUAACAAAUUAUUCAUAAAACUAAACUAUAUCAAUAUCUAAUUCUAACUUCUUUCUUAAUAACGGCACUAAUGGUAUAGCUAUAUAUUCAAGUGGCAUAGCCAUAAGUAUUGCUAAAUGUAAAAUCAUAUAAAACAUAGGCGCGUUAGGAGGCGGUUUAUUUUUAGAAAUAAAUAACAUACCUUUUUUGAUAAAAGAAUCAAUAAUUAUAAAUAAUUUUGCAGACAAAGGAGGAGGAAUUUAUUUUUAAGGUUAAUCUCACAUCAAUUAAGAGAAUUUUAUUUAAUCCCUCAUUUAAUUCAACAAUGCUAACACAGAAUCAAGAAACUUCUUUGAAUUUCCAGCCCAUUUAAGUUUGAUUAUAAAUUCUUAAGAAAUGUAAUCAGAGGAAAUUUAAAUUAGUAAUAUUACAUUAAGAAGUCUGUUGCUAAAACCUUAUAAAAUAAUAGAAUAAGGGGUUUGUAAAACUAGUUCAUAUUUGAUGAUUCCAAGUGAAUAAGUAAUCAAAGAUUAUAAAAUUUUCAUUCCAUCACAACAAGUAAGUUUGAAUAUUUUCGAUGAAUUUCAAAUAUCAUUAAGAAAUAGUAGAAAUGAAUUAUUGACUAAUUCACAAUUAUUAUUUUGCCAAGUCUCAUAAAUUAAUUUAGAAUUUAAUUAGGACUUCUAAUUAGAUGAAUCUUAAAUAAUUGCAACUCUUCAAGCAGAUUAUAAUUCUUACACUUUUGAUUUAGGAUCUAUUUCGUUUCAUUUUAAUCCCUUUCAAGAAAAAAAUGAAUAUAUAUAGAUAUUAAUAAGUUGCUCAUCAUUAGAAUCAACAGAAUAUUUAUAUUAUUUAAUCAAAGCAAGAACUUAUAAAUGUUAAUUAGGAGAAUUCUAUGCUGAUGAAGGAUGUUAAAUUUGUGAAUCAAUAUAUGGAUUUUAUUCAGUAACUUAUAAUGCUACAAAGUGUUCCAUAUUUGAUAAAAUUAAGUUUGCAAAUAUUACUUCAAAUUCUAUUUAAUUAUUUGAAGGUUUUUGGAGACCCAAUUUAUAUUCAGAUUAUACAGAGUUUUGUUUCAAGAAUGUAAAAUUUUGUAAAGGGGGUUGGAUGGUUGGAAAUGAACUUUGUAGUAUAGGACGUAUUGGAGGAUUGUGUGAAGAAUGUGAUACUCAUAAUAUAAGAGGUGAAGGAUAAUUUUUUAAAAAUUAAUCAGAUGCUGAAUGUUUUGGUUGCUCAAUUAAUACAAUUACACCCUUCAUUUUGACUUCCCUUUGGUAUAAAUAUAUAUUAUUCAAGGGCUAUUAUUACUAUAUUGAUAACAUUAAGAAGUAUUGAAAAAUCAAAUUAAUUAUUUUUUUCAUGUAAACUUAAUUUUAAGCCAAAUAUUGCCAAAAUUUUAUUUAAAUUGGGCUAAGGUACUAUUAUAAAUUUAAAAUUUAGAUAUGGAAAGUAUUUUCAUUAAGAUGGUUAUCAAUUAUUUAUGGAUAUUCUCAGUCAUUUUUACAUUUAAUAUUAAUUUUUCGAUAUCUCUUUCCUUGAUUGAAUCAACUAGUAAUGCUUCAUAAUUUAUGGCAUUUAAUCUUGAUUGUUUUAUAUCGAAUACUUUUGAAAAUGAACUUAUCUAUCUCAGGAUAAUUGCUACUUUUAUAUUAAUUCUUAUUUAAUUUAUAAUAAUUUAGCUUGGAUACAACUUAUAUACACUUUUGACAAAAGGUAGAUUCUAAAGAAGCAUUAUUUCAAAUACAUUAUUAUACCUCUAUGUUUCUAAUUACUCUAGUUUAAUCAAAUAGUAUAAAAUAUUUUAUAAUUAGAUUUUGUUCAAUUGUGUCAAAAAGAAUAAUAUCAAAUAUUUAAUAUGUAUAAGGAGAUGUUUCAUUAAUUUAUGGCACUUAAAAUCAUUUUUAAUGGAUGUAUGUAUUUGCUAUACCUGGAUUAACAAUAUUUGGAUUAUUAAUUCCUUUAUUUUUUUUUUUUCUUCUCCUUAACAAAUAAGGCAAACUAGCGAUUAUAAAAGUUAGAAGGCAUAUUUGUUAUUUGUUUAAUGAAUACAAUCAAGAAAGUUUCUUUUGGGAAUAAAUCAAAUUUUUAAAAAAGACAAGUAUCAUUCUUGUUUUAACAUUUUUUGAAUCUAAUAUAUUAUUUAAAGCAUCUUUAUUGGGGUUAUGUUUAUUAGUUUAUUAAUUAUUGGCAGGAAAACAGUAACCAUACAUAAUAUCAAGUUUAAAUAACCUGGAUCUCUAAACAGGUUAAAUUUGUUCUAUUGCUAUAUUUAUUGCAACUGCCAAAUAUGUAAAUGAAUAGGAAGGAGAAAAUACAUCCGCUUAAAUUUUGUAAAUUGUUAUUUUAAUUCUAUUUAUUAAACUCUGCUCUUUAUUUAUUUUUGAUAUAUUUAAAGGAUAUGCUAAAAAAUAUAAGGUAUAAAUGUUUACUUUGAUUUAUAAAAUUAUCAGAAAUAUAAAGCCAAAUUGUAUGAAAGCAGAAUCUAUCAAUAAUGUAAUUACAUAAUUGAAACUAAAAGAGAUUAGAUUAAAAUCCAAUUAUUAAAUUUUAAAAAUGGCCUCAUAAGAAUAAAUAAAACGAUAAAAGUAAANAUAAUUGCAACUCUUCAAGCAGAUUAUAAUUCUUACACUUUUGAUUUAGGAUCUAUUUCGUUUCAUUUUAAUCCCUUUCAAGAAAAAAAUGAAUAUAUAUAGAUAUUAAUAAGUUGCUCAUCAUUAGAAUCAACAGAAUAUUUAUAUUAUUUAAUCAAAGCAAGAACUUAUAAAUGUUAAUUAGGAGAAUUCUAUGCUGAUGAAGGAUGUUAAAUUUGUGAAUCAAUAUAUGGAUUUUAUUCAGUAACUUAUAAUGCUACAAAGUGUUCCAUAUUUGAUAAAAUUAAGUUUGCAAAUAUUACUUCAAAUUCUAUUUAAUUAUUUGAAGGUUUUUGGAGACCCAAUUUAUAUUCAGAUUAUACAGAGUUUUGUUUCAAGAAUGUAAAAUUUUGUAAAGGGGGUUGGAUGGUUGGAAAUGAACUUUGUAGUAUAGGACGUAUUGGAGGAUUGUGUGAAGAAUGUGAUACUCAUAAUAUAAGAGGUGAAGGAUAAUUUUUUAAAAAUUAAUCAGAUGCUGAAUGUUUUGGUUGCUCAAUUAAUACAAUUACACCCUUCAUUUUGACUUCCCUUUGGUAUAAAUAUAUAUUAUUCAAGGGCUAUUAUUACUAUAUUGAUAACAUUAAGAAGUAUUGAAAAAUCAAAUUAAUUAUUUUUUUCAUGUAAACUUAAUUUUAAGCCAAAUAUUGCCAAAAUUUUAUUUAAAUUGGGCUAAGGUACUAUUAUAAAUUUAAAAUUUAGAUAUGGAAAGUAUUUUCAUUAAGAUGGUUAUCAAUUAUUUAUGGAUAUUCUCAGUCAUUUUUACAUUUAAUAUUAAUUUUUCGAUAUCUCUUUCCUUGAUUGAAUCAACUAGUAAUGCUUCAUAAUUUAUGGCAUUUAAUCUUGAUUGUUUUAUAUCGAAUACUUUUGAAAAUGAACUUAUCUAUCUCAGGAUAAUUGCUACUUUUAUAUUAAUUCUUAUUUAAUUUAUAAUAAUUUAGCUUGGAUACAACUUAUAUACACUUUUGACAAAAGGUAGAUUCUAAAGAAGCAUUAUUUCAAAUACAUUAUUAUACCUCUAUGUUUCUAAUUACUCUAGUUUAAUCAAAUAGUAUAAAAUAUUUUAUAAUUAGAUUUUGUUCAAUUGUGUCAAAAAGAAUAAUAUCAAAUAUUUAAUAUGUAUAAGGAGAUGUUUCAUUAAUUUAUGGCACUUAAAAUCAUUUUUAAUGGAUGUAUGUAUUUGCUAUACCUGGAUUAACAAUAUUUGGAUUAUUAAUUCCUUUAUUUUUUUUUUUUCUUCUCCUUAACAAAUAAGGCAAACUAGCGAUUAUAAAAGUUAGAAGGCAUAUUUGUUAUUUGUUUAAUGAAUACAAUCAAGAAAGUUUCUUUUGGGAAUAAAUCAAAUUUUUAAAAAAGACAAGUAUCAUUCUUGUUUUAACAUUUUUUGAAUCUAAUAUAUUAUUUAAAGCAUCUUUAUUGGGGUUAUGUUUAUUAGUUUAUUAAUUAUUGGCAGGAAAACAGUAACCAUACAUAAUAUCAAGUUUAAAUAACCUGGAUCUCUAAACAGGUUAAAUUUGUUCUAUUGCUAUAUUUAUUGCAACUGCCAAAUAUGUAAAUGAAUAGGAAGGAGAAAAUACAUCCGCUUAAAUUUUGUAAAUUGUUAUUUUAAUUCUAUUUAUUAAACUCUGCUCUUUAUUUAUUUUUGAUAUAUUUAAAGGAUAUGCUAAAAAAUAUAAGGUAUAAAUGUUUACUUUGAUUUAUAAAAUUAUCAGAAAUAUAAAGCCAAAUUGUAUGAAAGCAGAAUCUAUCAAUAAUGUAAUUACAUAAUUGAAACUAAAAGAGAUUAGAUUAAAAUCCAAUUAUUAAAUUUUAAAAAUGGCCUCAUAAGAAUAAAUAAAACGAUAAAAGUAAANAAGUUUGCAAAUAUUACUUCAAAUUCUAUUUAAUUAUUUGAAGGUUUUUGGAGACCCAAUUUAUAUUCAGAUUAUACAGAGUUUUGUUUCAAGAAUGUAAAAUUUUGUAAAGGGGGUUGGAUGGUUGGAAAUGAACUUUGUAGUAUAGGACGUAUUGGAGGAUUGUGUGAAGAAUGUGAUACUCAUAAUAUAAGAGGUGAAGGAUAAUUUUUUAAAAAUUAAUCAGAUGCUGAAUGUUUUGGUUGCUCAAUUAAUACAAUUACACCCUUCAUUUUGACUUCCCUUUGGUAUAAAUAUAUAUUAUUCAAGGGCUAUUAUUACUAUAUUGAUAACAUUAAGAAGUAUUGAAAAAUCAAAUUAAUUAUUUUUUUCAUGUAAACUUAAUUUUAAGCCAAAUAUUGCCAAAAUUUUAUUUAAAUUGGGCUAAGGUACUAUUAUAAAUUUAAAAUUUAGAUAUGGAAAGUAUUUUCAUUAAGAUGGUUAUCAAUUAUUUAUGGAUAUUCUCAGUCAUUUUUACAUUUAAUAUUAAUUUUUCGAUAUCUCUUUCCUUGAUUGAAUCAACUAGUAAUGCUUCAUAAUUUAUGGCAUUUAAUCUUGAUUGUUUUAUAUCGAAUACUUUUGAAAAUGAACUUAUCUAUCUCAGGAUAAUUGCUACUUUUAUAUUAAUUCUUAUUUAAUUUAUAAUAAUUUAGCUUGGAUACAACUUAUAUACACUUUUGACAAAAGGUAGAUUCUAAAGAAGCAUUAUUUCAAAUACAUUAUUAUACCUCUAUGUUUCUAAUUACUCUAGUUUAAUCAAAUAGUAUAAAAUAUUUUAUAAUUAGAUUUUGUUCAAUUGUGUCAAAAAGAAUAAUAUCAAAUAUUUAAUAUGUAUAAGGAGAUGUUUCAUUAAUUUAUGGCACUUAAAAUCAUUUUUAAUGGAUGUAUGUAUUUGCUAUACCUGGAUUAACAAUAUUUGGAUUAUUAAUUCCUUUAUUUUUUUUUUUUCUUCUCCUUAACAAAUAAGGCAAACUAGCAAUUAUAAAAGUUAGAAGGCAUAUUUGUUAUUUGUUUAAUGAAUACAAUCAAAAAAGUUUCUUUUGGGAAUAAAUCAAAUUUUUAAAAAAGACAAGUAUCAUUCUUGUGUUAACAUUUUUUGAAUCUAAUAUACUAUUUAAAGCAUCUUUAUUGGGGUUAUGUUUAUUAGUUUAUUAAUUAUUGGCAGGAAAACAGUAACCAUACAUAAUAUCAAGUUUAAAUAACCUGGAUCUCUAAACAGGUUAAAUUUGUUCUAUUGCUAUAUUUAUUGCAACUGCCAAAUAUGUAAAUGAAUAGGAAGGAGAAAAUACAUCCGCUUAAAUUUUGUAAAUUGUUAUUAUAAUUCUAUUUAUUAAACUCUGCUCUUUAUUUAUUUUUGAUAUAUUUAAAGGAUAUGCUAAAAAAUAUAAGGUAUAAAUGUUUACUUUGAUUUAUAAAAUUAUCAGAAAUAUAAAGCCAAAUUGUAUGAAAGCAGAAUCUAUCAAUAAUGUAAUUACAUAAUUGAAACUAAAAGAGAUUAGAUUAAGAUCGAAUUAUUAAAUUUUAAAAAUGGCCUCAUAAGAAUAAAUAAAACGAUAAAAGUAAUUAAAAUUUUAUGAUUUAGAUGCAAUUGUUAAGCAACUAGAAAUUAAAAUCUUUCCUCAUUAAAUAGAUAUAAACAAUCUGAAUCAGUUACAAAUAAAUACCUAUUAACAAUUGAACGAUGA